AUGUCGGAUGUGUCGAACUCCUUCUCAGCUUGGGAGACCCUGCCGGAGGACGAACCUCCGCUGUGCAUCGCAGUUCGACGCCCAGUGUCACGCUAUGAGGCGCAGAUCAUGCCACUGGUCACCCUCGCACUCUUGCUUUUGUCAAGUGUAAUAACAGUGCUACAUCUAUUGGGAUGCGGUAGCAAGGACAAACCGAGACAGGCAGCCGGAAAACCACCUGGUGGUCCAAUGGCGCCAAGACAUGAUGCUGGGUCUAAGUCAGCUCAAGCUGCUGAAAAAGACCAGGGUAAUAACGCAGCAGGAACCCCUGGAGCAAAAAGUACGAUGACCAAAUCAAAAAUGGGCGAUGAUGGUGGCUAUGAAUCAUGCCCGGAUAUGACUCCGUCGGAGUUGGCUCGAGCAGCAAAAGUCGGAGGCGGAGCGAAAUAA